AUGGCAAGCCCCACGACCGGCUACUCCAUAAAUGUUAAUGACCCCAGCUUGAUUUCUCUUGUCAACAAGCUUCAAGAUGUCUUCUCUACAGUCGGAGUGCACAACCCGAUCGAUUUGCCCCAAAUCGCCGUUGUCGGAUCGCAGUCCAGUGGAAAGAGUUCAGUGCUAGAGAACAUUGUUGGUCGGGAUUUCUUGCCUCGUGGCUCUGGAAUUGUCACCAGAAGACCUCUUAUCCUGCAGCUCAUCAACAAGACCCCGACCACGAACGGCGAAGUCAAGUUGGAAACAACAGAUGCCGAAUCCAACGUCGAUGAGUAUGGUGAAUUUCUUCACUUGCCAGGCGAGAAGUUCUAUGAUUUCAACAAGAUUCGCGAUGAGAUUGUGCGUGAAACGGAGACCAAGGUCGGAAAGAAUGCCGGAAUCUCGCCCUCCCCGAUCAACCUACGCAUCUACUCCCCCAACGUCCUCACCCUGACCCUCGUCGAUUUGCCCGGUUUGACCAAGGUGCCCGUCGGAGACCAACCGAAGGAUAUCGAGAAGCAGAUCCGUGACAUGGUUCUCAAGUACAUUAGUAAGCCCAACGCAAUCAUUUUGGCCGUCACUUCGGCCAACCAGGAUCUUGCGAACUCCGAUGGUCUCAAGUUGGCACGUGAGGUCGACCCCGAAGGCCAGCGCACUAUCGGUGUGUUGAGUAAGGUCGAUUUGAUGGAUGAUGGAACCGAUGUGGUGGAUAUUCUCGCUGGACGAAUUAUUCCCUUGCGCCUGGGUUACGUCCCCGUGGUCAACCGUGGUCAGCGUGAUAUUGAGAACAAGAAGCCCAUUGCGUACGCCCUGGAGAACGAGAAGAACUUCUUCGAGAACCACAAAGCCUACCGUAAUAAGGCUUCCUACUGCGGUACGCCAUAUCUGGCACGGAAGUUGAACUUGAUUCUCAUGAUGCACAUCAAGCAAACCCUCCCCGAUAUCAAGGCCCGCAUUUCUGCCUCCCUUCAGAAGUACACCUCCGAGCUUUCUCAGCUGGGUGACUCCAUGCUCGGUAACAGUGCCAACAUCAUUCUGAACAUCAUCACGGAAUUCAGCAAUGAAUACCGCACAGUCUUGGAAGGAAACAACCAGGAGUUGUCCAGCAUCGAACUUUCGGGUGGUGCUCGUAUCUCCUUUGUCUUCCACGAACUCUACUCCAAUGGUAUUAAGGCCGUCGAUCCCUUCGAUAUCGUCAAGGACAUUGACAUCCGCACCAUUCUUUACAACUCGUCCGGUUCUUCACCAGCCCUGUUCGUCGGCACAACCGCCUUCGAGCUGAUCGUCAAGCAACAGAUCAAGCGUCUCGAAGAACCUAGCUUAAAGUGUAUCUCUUUGGUCUAUGACGAGCUGGUCCGCAUCCUGAGCCAGCUCCUGACCAAGCAGCUGUUCCGCCGCUACCCCAUGCUGAAAGAGAAGUUCCACGCUGUGGUCAUCGCCUUCUUCAAGAAGUGCAUGGAACCUACCAACAAGCUGGUCAGGGACUUGAUCAACAUGGAAGCCACCUACGUGAACACUGGCCACCCCGACUUCUUGAACGGCCACCGAGCCAUGACCCUCGUCAACGAGCGUCAACAGGCCGCUAAGCCAACACAGGUUGACCCCAAGACCGGCAAGCCCAUUCCCGGCCGUGCCCAGAGCCCUUCCCUCGACACCACCGGCGAGGCCACCAACAACAGCGGCUUCUUCGGCAGCUUCUGGGCGUCCAAGAACAAGAAGAAGAUGGCUCUCAUGGAGGCACCUCCCACAACCCUCAAGGCAUCCGCAAGCUUGUCCGAGCGCGAAGCCACCGAGGUCGAGGUCAUCAAGCUUCUGAUCACCUCCUACUUCAACAUUGUCAAGCGCACAAUGAUCGACAUGGUCCCCAAGGCCGUCAUGUACACCCUUGUCCAAUUCACCAAAGACGAAAUGCAGCGCGAACUUUUGGAGAACAUGUACCGCACCAACGAGCUAGACGAACUCCUCAAGGAAAGCGACUACACGACCCGCCGACGAAAGGAAUGCCAGCAGAUGGUGGAGAGUCUCGGACGCGCCAGCGAGAUCGUCAGCCAAGUCCAGUGA